AUGGCUCCCACACAAACAAAAACUUUUAUUGUGAACGAAAACCCACUUAAAGACGUCAAUUUCGAAUUGGGUCAAAAGGAUUCUACAUUCAAACUAGUGGAAGAACCCUUGAAACCCUUGCAUGAUGGACAAGUUCGUGUAAAGACCCUUUACUUGUCUAACGAUCCAACUCAAAGAAAUUGGAUCCAAAAAGGCAUCGACCCCGAAAGAUUGUAUGUUCCACCUGUGCAACAGGGUGAGCCAGUGAGAUCGCUUGGUCUUGGUCAAGUUGUCGACUCCAAGUCAAGCAACUAUAAGAAUGGAGAUCUUGUGCUUUGUAUGAUGUACUGGUCUCAAUACUGUGAUCUUACAGAAAAGCAAAUUAACAGCAAGAUCCCUGAUCGUUCAAUUCCUUUGCCCUUGUACUUGUCCACCUUGGGAAUGACUGGUUUGACCGCUUACUUUGGCCUUCUUGACGUAGGAAAGGCUAAGAAAGGAGACACUGUGGUGAUCUCUGCUGCUUCUGGAGCCACUGGUUCAAUGGCAGUACAGGUCGCUAAGGCAAAGGGGUGCUAUGUCGUUGGUAUUUCCGGUAGUGAAGAAAAGUGUCGUUUCGUUGAAAGUAUUGGCGCCGAUGCCUGUGUCAAUUACAAAGACUCAAACUUUAAGGAAAACAUCAAGAAAGCUCUUGGCGACAAAAAGUACUGUGACAUCUUUUUUGACAAUGUUGGUGGAGAAAUCUUGGACGUGAUGCUUACUUUGACCAAGGUGGGCGGAACCAUUGUUGCUUGUGGAGCCAUUGCCGGUUACAACGACGCCUCCAAAAUUCAAAUCAAGAACUGGUCGGAAAUUAUUCUCAACAGACUUCAAGUCAAAGGGUUCAUUAUCUUAGACCACACAGACAAGUAUGCUGCUGCCAUUCAGGAAAUCGCCGGUUGGAUCAAGGAAGGAAAAGUCAAGGCCGACGAAAAUGCUUUCCAUUUGGUCGAUUUGAGCGAUGAAUCAAAGUUCGCCGAGAUUCCAACUGUCUGGGGUACCCUCUUCACCGACGAGAAGAAACCAGGAAAGCUUUUGACAAAGCUUGCCGAUGCGGAGUAG